AUGAAAAAGUAUGACUGUCCACAUAUCGACUGUAAUGCGACCAUACAGGGCAAAGACGAAUAUAACAAACAUUUCCAAACGCACGAUAAACCAUUUCGUUAUCAAUGCAAACUUCCCGGUUGUGAGAAAGAAUUCCGCAUUCCAUCAACAUUUUCCAAACACAAAAAAUCCUGUCAACACAAAUCUCCGAUUGAACGAAAGCAUAAAUGUCGUUAUUGUACUGCGACUAUUCAGACGAAAGAGGAAUAUUCAAAACAUCUUCAAGCGCACAAGGAACAAGGUUUAUAUGAGUGCACUUGGCCCACAUGUGGAAAGAAAUGUCGUACCCCAAAAUUACUUCGAGAGCAUUACGAGAAACAUCAACCUAAACUUCAAUGUGAAAUCUGUGGCUUUUUCUUUUCUUGUAAGAAUGGACUACGAAAGCACAAGAAGCAAUGCCACGGAGUUAGAGAUAUGAAGAUGUAUAUGUGCCCACAUGCUAACUGCAAUGCGACCAUGCAGGGCAAAGGCGAAUAUGGCAAGCAUUUCCAAACGCACAAGAAACCAUUUCAUUAUCAAUGCAAAAAUCCCGGUUGUGAGAAAGAAUACUACAGCCAAUCAUCGUUUUCCACGCACAUGAAAUCCUGUCAACACAAACCACAGA